AUGACACCGGGUAACAUCGCAUCAGCGAGUACGGACUAUGUCAUCGGCGCUUUACCACCUGCUGUCAUCGCCAUCGUAAGAGACAUUCUGCGCUCUCCGCCUCCUGACAACCCCUACGACACUCCUAAAGCAGAGCUUAUCCGCCGGACAACCGAGUCGGAACAGCGUAGGCUGCAGCAGCUGCUCACCGCGGAGGAGCUCGGUCACCGCAAACCUACGGAGCUUCUGCGUCGCAUGCGACAUCUCAUCGGGGACAACCCUGCUGCAUUGGACGCAUCCAUCCUACGAGAGCUCUUCCUACAGCGACUGCCGCAGCAGGUGCGGAUGAUUUUGAGUGUGUCCUCCACGGAAACUCUCGACUCACUGGCACAGAUGGCCGACAAGAUUAUGGAUGUCCGCGAUGACCGCUUAGACCGCCUCCUUCAAGCUAACGAGGAGCUCAACCGCAAAGUGGACCAGCUGGCCGCUGAACUGAGCUUGCUGAAAGCAGACCACCGACGCACUACUUCACGACAACGACGCCAAAGCCGCGAGAGAUCGCCAAGAUCACCGGUGUUUGCACGUGCUCGUCGUCUCGCACCUGACCGUUACAAGAUUGCACGGCAAGAAUUCGAGCAAUGCUUGACUCGGAUACGUCCGCCCUUCUUCCGGUGCCUGGUCCUCACCAGGCACCGGAAGCCACUUCCAGGCUGCGUGAUUCCCCUCGUGUGGGACACAUGGUCCCAAACCCUCAGGUGA